AUGCAUCCAAUUCGCUCCAUUUCUUCUGGUGAUGACUCCGAUGAACCACACCAUCUCUAUGGCGAAUAUCACAGCCAGAGACACCCAGACACAGAAAUCGAAAACCAGGAAUACAGAAUUGAUCUUCCCAGCCGUUCAGCAUCGCAGCCAUCGUACAACCUUCUGGCUAGUUUGCCCAGGUUGACUGUGGAGACCAGUUCAGGAAAGUUACGAGAUGAACUGCUCAAGCGAAGAAAUUCAGAGAAUACGGCAGCGUAUUUUUCAAAAUUCAGCAAUGACUACAUUCUGUCUCCCAAGAACUGGUUCAAGCCUUCAAAGAAGAAAAAGAAGCGCAUUGUGCCUUCAGACUCUCUGGUUUAUCAGAUUGAGUAUUCAGUUUUCCACCCCAUCAGAAACUUACAUCACAUCAAUGAUCAACUAGAUAUUCAAACACAUUUGUUGGAGAUUUUGAAGGCUGAGGGUUAUAGCCUUGAUGAUGGAAGCCAGCCAGAAAACUACAUUGCCGAGGAGGAUUUUCGGAUCCUCGUUGCAACCAUUACUCACGAUGUAGAGUUUGAUUCAGAUCUCAAGCCCCAAAGAAUUAGCCAGGGAUCAUCUGGUAGCUACUUCAUUUUAGGAAAGCACCAUCAAGAUGAAAAUAAUUCUUAUUCUCAACAAAUAUUCAAAAGAGGGAUUUUUAAGCCUAAAGAUGAGGAGCCUUAUGGUCCCUUAUCACCGAAGUGGACCAAAUGGAUUCACAGAACGUUCUUUCCGUGCUUUUUUGGUCGCUCGUGUCUUACUCCUAACCAGGGUUACAUUUCGGAAGCAGCAGCAUGUGUUCUUGAUCGCCAACUUUUGUCGUACAUUGUCCCAUACACCGAUGUGAUAUACUUGAAAUCCAAUCUGUUUUACUACUCAGUGUGGGAAAGAACAACAUCAAAAAUUCGCAGACACAAAAUUGGAUCGUUCCAGAUGUUUCUUAAUGGAUACAUGGAGGCUCAUUCAUUCUUUAAGAUGUAUCCUGUUCCGCAGAAUAUCGAUCGGCUUCCUGAGACUCGUGAGUAUUUUCUUGAAGAAGAUGAAUCGGUUGAGGAUGCCAAGUUGAAGUUCAAAUGGAGCCAGGACGUGCUUUUGCAGUUUCAGGAGCAAUUGGAGAAGCUUGUUAUCCUUGAUUACAUCAUGAGAAAUACGGAUCGAGGGGCUGAUAACUGGAUGAUCAAAAUUGUAUGGAAAGAGCGCUCAUUCGAUUCUGGUCCUCGUCAAGUAUAUCCUUACUUGAAGGUUGGAGCCAUUGAUUCUGGCCUAGCAUUUCCUUGGAAGCACCCGGACGAAUGGCGUUCGUUUCCCUUUGGUUGGCUCUUUCUACCUUAUCUGAUUAUUGGACAGCCAUUCUCUCGUAAAACCCGCCAACACUACUUACCUCUCCUCACACUGAAGUACUGGUGGGAGCAGACUAUUACGAAGUUGAAGGAAGUGUUCUCCCAGGACCAGGACUUCAAAGAAAAACAAUGGACCAGGCAAGUUGCUGUGUUGAAAGGUCAAGCGUUCAAUGUGGUAGAAAUCCUUAAGUUGCACUAUGCUGGUCCCUUGGAGCUUACCAGAAGAGAGAACCUUCUUAUUUGGGAUGAUGAAAUGAAUGUUCCGAUCCUGGUCAACAAUAAUAACAUCACUAAUGCGAUGGAGAGCAGUAUUUACGAUUUGGAACCCCCUUCUAAACGAGUAUCUAUUGGAGAAACACCAUUCGCUACACAAAAUACUGAAACUACACCUCUAUUGAAAAGCCGUGAUGACUUGAGACGGCAAUCGAGCUCUGGAAGCUUGAAAAGUGGAAACAGUUUCUGCGACCCGUUGCAAAUGUCCGGAUUCGAGUACAAUUUGAAUAUUGAGGAUAGCGAACGGCAACUGUUUGAAGGAGAUGAAGAGACAAGUACGAAGAAGGUGAUCAUUGAGCGCCUUGAGAAAGUCGAUGCUAGGCUGCCUUUCUUCACGUGGUGUUGA